UCAGCAAAGCUCAUUAAAUCCAAUUUUUCUUAUCUCCUCCACAAUAAAAAUGGGCCACUUUAUUAAGUGUCAUAAACUCUCUCCCUUCCACUUGAGAACCCUUGGCCUCUCUCGAACCGUUUUCCAAGCCAAUUUUUUUUCCUCAGUUUUCUUUUCUCUUCAUCGUUUUAAAAAUUAUGGGUUCCCGAGUGAAAAACCUCAAGAGCUUCCAUUCAAAUGGUUUUAAGAACAACAGAAAACAAGGGAUCAGAGAUGUUCCAAAGGGCUGUUUAGCAAUCAAAGUGGGAUCAAGUGAAGAGGAGAAACAAAGAUUUGUUGUUCCUGUUUUCUAUUUUAACCAUCCAUUGUUCAUGCAACUCCUAAAGGAAGCAGAAGAAGAGUAUGGAUUCGAGCAGAAAGGUAACAUCACGAUCCCUUGCCACGUGGAGGUUUUCCGGCAUGUUAAAGACAAGAUCCAUAGAGAGAUAUCGGUUAAUUAUCAUGGUAAUCAUCAUGAUAAUAGCCAUAACCAUCUUGUUGGAUGUUUUAGAGCUUAAUGAUGUGAUGGUAUAAUAUGAGCAUGAAUAUAAAGAUGAUACAAGCAAGCACUAGCGGUACAAAAAGAUAUUGUCUUUGCUUUUAAUAUUUCAGCUUUUGUUCCUUUUUAAUUUUGAUUUAUUUUAGUUGUUUGAUAUUCUUGUGGAGUUGUGGAGCCAAACACGGCCUAACCCACAAGAUUAAUAGUAGAAGUGCAUGUUGUUGGUAAAAAACGUGAGAUUAUGAAUGUUAUUUGUUCGAUUUAUAGUUCUUAUAUGUUCUAUAUGUU